AUGUUUUGGAAAAAGAAGGAAAAGAAGGAAGAAUCUACCAACCCUUUUGAAUCAGGUAGCCAACCAUCCUCUCCUGCUCCAUCGUACUCUCCUGCUCCUUCCUAUACCUCGCAGCAACCAUCACAAGAAUAUACCCCUUCUGCUGCUUCUGGUGGUAGUCGAUACGGUCGUUAUAACAAUGGCAAUGAUAUAGAUCAAAGAAAUCAACUGUUUGGUGGACAAAAUGAUAGUCAGGAUUCAUACAACAGCAGAGGCAACGACUACUCAUCACGACCUCAGCAGAAUGCCCGUCAUCAGAGCGAUUAUGGUAACAGUAGAACUGGCCGGGGAGGCAAUCUGUAUGGCAAUGGUGAUGAGGAUGAGGACGACGAGGAUGUACAAGUGGCUGGUAUGAAGCAACAAAUCAAAAACAUCAAGCAAGAUUCCUUGGCAAGCACUCGUCUUGCGCUGCAAAAAAUCAAUGAAACAGAAGCCACAGCCGCCAACACCAUGAACAUGCUUGGCCAGCAAUCAUCCCAAAUUGCCAAUGUCAAUAGACAUUUAGAUCUGUCCAAGGCUUACUCUGACAAGGCAUCCAACCAAGCAGACGAACUGAAGCAGCUCAACCGAUCUAUCUUUAUCCCUGUUGUGUCCAAUCCAUUCAGAAGAAAGGAAAAGGAGAGAAGAGAAUUGGAGAGCAAGCAGAGAGAUCAUGCGGAACAUAUGGCUGAGCGCGACAAUAUCCGUCAAUUCGAGUACGAGUCCAAUGCUCGUAUUCAAGAGACUGCGCGUAUGAACAGCAAUCAACGCACGGAGAGAAGAGGUCGCUCAGAAGCAGAUCGUCGUAAAUACCAGUUUGAAGAAGAUUCCGAGGACGAUGCGAUUGAGGAUGAGAUUGAUAACAAUUUGGACUUGUUGGGUGAUGCCACUUCUCGAUUGAAGAACAUGGCUGUGACAAUGAACACAGAGCUGGAUCGUCAAAACAGUGAACUGAACAAGACAAUCAACAAGGUGGAUCCAUUGAGCAGAAAGUUGAUUGCUACUACAGAUAAAUUAAACAGAACAAGAUAA